AUGGGCUCGUCUCUAUUUGCUGCGGUUUCUCUUGCUGCACUUGUUACUGCAUCGUUCGAUACGAAUCUCAAUUACCAUUCACCCUCACGGCGACAUGAAGGCCUCGGCAUAGAUGUGCCUAAGGUUGCGAAGAGAAGCCUUGUCAAGCGAGCUACUCCUUGGGAUCCUUCACAACUAAACUUCACACACGGUGUCGCAUCAGGCGACCCAUACCCGCAUUCUGUUAUACUGUGGACUCGCAUCGCGCCAUCCCUUGUGAAUGAUGGGUCUAAUGUGACAGUAUCAGGUAACGUGCCAUUCUACAGCCACGAGACUGAGAAGUAUAUCAAAGCCUCGCCAAAUCCGAUCUGUGUGGAGUACCGCGUCGGGACAGAUGGAAAUUUCUCGACUGUAGUCGACAAGGGGACUGCUUAUACCACUUCUGAUAUCGACUUCACGGUCAAGGUAGAGGCGAAGAAACUAGCACCAUUCAAGACCUACUACUACCAGUUCAAUGUCUGCGGCAGCAACAAUAAGAGUCCCACCGGAAGAACUAAAACAAGCCCGGACCAUGACGAUGCCGUCUCAAAGAUCAGUCUUGCGGUCUUCUCCUGCAGCAACUACCCCAUGGGUUACUUCAACGCGUAUGGCAACGCAGCGCGAAAAGAUAAAGUGGACUUCUUUGUCCACCUUGGGGAUUACAUCUACGAGUACAGCAAAGGCAAGAUUGGCAAGGAUCAACGAGCUGCAAGCCCAGAAAAAGAGAUUUUCAGUCUUUACGACUACCGGACCAGACUUGGACAAUACCGGAGCGACCUUGACCUUCGCCUCGCUCACCAGAAUUUUGCAUGGAUUCCGACUUGGGAUGAUCAUGAGGUAGCCAACAACGUCUAUCGUGAUGGCACAAGCGGCAUGAAUAACACAGAAGCCUCCUUUAAGAAGUUUGGAGGUAUUAGUGUUGACUCAAGGAAGAUGAAUGCUGUUCGAGCAUACUUCGAAUGGAUGCCUAUCCGCCAAGUUGACAUGGACGACAACCUCCGCAUCUGGCGAAGCUUCAAGAUGGGCAAGCUCUUCGAUUUGAUCAUGCUCGACACGCGCAACUAUGACCGGUCUAUCACUACUCUAGAUUGGAACGAUGACUACAUCGAGAAACUCAAGGACGAUGCCGGUCGCUCGCUCAUGGGCAGCUUACAGGAAAACUGGUUCUACCGCCAGCUGUCCAAGUCGAAAGAACGAGGGGCUGCUUGGAGGAUCGUGGGCAAUCAGAUCAUUUUCUCGCGAAUGAACAACAGUGCAGUGUACACAAACCCGUUGAACGCUGAUCAAUGGGAUGGUUACACGGCAAACCGGAACCGCACUCUCCACCAUCUAUACUCCAACGAGAUCUCCAACACUGCAUUCCUAGCAGGCGACUCACACGCUAACUGGGUGUCCGAUCUCGUAUGGCUCGAUGAGACGCCAUACGACCAGGUUACUGGGGCGGGCGCGAUCGGUGUAGAGUUUGCAGGAACUGCUGUGACCUCCACCGGCUACGGUGCGGGUCGAUCGAUCGCAAAUUCAAGUGAUCGCUCUGCAGGGCUAGUUCGAGACAACAGGGAGCUUCAAUGGGCGGAAGGAUACUACCGGGGGUAUUACGAGCUCCAUAUUUCACCGGAAGAGCUAAAUGCGCGGUACUACGGCUCACCAUCUGUUGCAUUCCGCAACCCUUUCGAAGUCAGCCUUGCAAACUUCACUGUAAAGGCUGGUGCCAAUCAUCUGCAGAGGAACGUAGCGAACGGCAGCGUUGAGAGCGGUGCGCUUCAGCGUGGGAAGACUGUACCGACGAAUUUGACGUUGAACACGCAAACAGGGACAUGGAACGUUACGGGUUUCAACCAAAUCACGAAAGGUGGCCUCGAGAAGCACCUCAAAAUCAACGAUGCAACACCCGUACCCACCAUCACCGACAAUGAAAUCCUCGUACAGGUCCACGCCAUGGGCCUCAACCCCGUCGACCACAAAGUCACCGAAGGACCCAUGCCAUUGCGCCUCAUAGGUACCAACCUCACGCCCGGCGCCGACUUCUGCGGCAAAGUCGCCAAAAUCGGCAAGAACGUCAACGAGUUCAAAGUCGACGAGUGGGUUUUCGGCGCGAAGAUCGGCUCGCUAAAGGACGGCACAUUGGCGCAGUAUGUGGCCGUGCCGAAACAGAUGGUGUCAAGUCUACCAGAGGGUGUAAAAGUUGAAGAUGCAGCCGGGGUUGGUAUUGUGGGGUUGACUGCAAUCCAAGCUACGAAGCCGAAUGUGAAGAGCGGAGACAGCGUGUUUAUCAAUGGCGGUUCCGGCGGUACUGGAGCGAUUGGCAUCCAAAUUGCAAAAGCAUUGGGAUGUAAUGUCACGACUACAUGCUCAACACCCAAUGUAGAGCUGUGCAAGAGCUUGGGCGCGGACGAAGUCAUUGAUUACAAGAAGGAAGAUGUUGUCCAAGCUCUCACUUCCAAGGGGCCCACCUAUUCUCUUAUCAUCGACAAUAUCGGCAGUCCUCCUAACCUCUACAAAGCAUCUUCUUCCUUCAUCCUUCCCCACGGCAAAUUCGUGCAAGUCGGGAUGACGCUUAGCCUUGGUGGCUUGACGCAGACCGGGCGUAACAUGUUGUUUCCACAUAUUCUUGGCGGCGGGAAGAACAGCUAUCAGAUGAUCAUCACGAAAGCAUCUGUGGAUGAUCUUGGGCAGUUGGGGCUAUUUAUGAAGGAGGGGAAGGUGAAGGGAGUGGUGGAUAGUGUGUGGGAGUUCGAGGAUGCGCCCAAGGCGUUUGAGAAGCUCAAGACGGGUAGGGCGAAGGGGAAGGUUGUAGUUAAGGUUAGGCAAGAUGAGAAAUAG